AUAUUUUUUCUCUUUGCUUCAUCAUUCAAAACAGCUUUAAUGUAUUUAUAUCUACAUUGUGCUGAAAAUAUCUAAAGUGUGUGAAAAUUAACAGUGUAAAAAUUCAAGAACGCACAUCGGAUUACCAAAAUAUCAAUCAAAUCUGAGCAGGUCAUUUUAUUGUUUACAGGAUAUAGACUUCAGUAAAAUCAACACUAUGACUGUGAUUAAUUUAUCUAUUUGUAAUUCCUGUUUCAGUAAUUUUAUUUUCACACAAAUAAAAUAUCAAGCAGGUGUAAAAAAAGGUGACAGAUUCCAAUGUCAAGCUGAAAACAAGGCUGUUUUUUGUAAUAAUGUGUUAAACCUGGCAUUUUAGAGGUGUAAAGCCUUCAUCUCACAAUGACAGUACAUGACAUACAGAAUACUAUGUAUGUACUAUGAUGUAUACUGCAAAUGUGAUGUAUGCAGUGUUGUUAGAUCAGGUGCAUUAUUCACGUCAUUAUCACCACUGCAGUCUAUCUAUCUAACAUUCUCACAAGCACAUCAGAAUCUAAAAUCAUGCUUAAAAUACACAUAAAGAGCAUCAAUAUCUGAGCACUGUCCAUAUUAGAUAUGCUGUUUGGCAUCACUGCUUCUGUUUGCUCCUGCAGCUGUUAGCGCACCAGCGGUGGUUUCUGUUUGAGCCUAUCUUUUCAGACCAAACUGGUGUGUAAUGUGGAAAAUGCAGACAUAAACUGAGAUCAGUGUCUGCUUGGGUGUAUGAUCCUUAUCUGCUGAUUCAGCCCCCAGAUACUCAAUACCUGAAAUGUCUGCAGAAUAGAAAAUAACAUACCAAAACAUUUUCACACUUUGGAGACAAAUUUUUGGCACUUUCCUCUCAUUAAAUUUCUUUGCCUGCACUAAACUUGACCUUGGCAUAUGAUUCUCACCUCUGGCAGCUCAGUGUGGAACAGCAGAGGUCCACGCGUGACGCCUCAACCCCCGCCUCACCCCACACCUCACUGUCAGCAGGUUUGGCAGAUGCAGCAGCUUUCAUAUCCUGUGUUCAAGAGUUACUGCCAGGCCAGCAGAAACAGGAGAAGUCAUUUGACACUGGUGGUCAUUCAGAAUCUAUAAGCAUAUUAUUGCUUCAAAUGUCUGAUCGAUAGCAUUUAUGAAAACUCUGCUUUGGCGUGUUUGAGUGUUUAUGUGGUUUGCUUGGAUGGGACUUCGAAUUUAUCUUUUGCAUUUACAGCAGUAACUAUGUUGUCUGCUUUGUUGAGGUGUAAUGUUCGAUAUAUUGCAAAUGUUGUGAUUAUUUUAAUGGCUGAGCUAUCAUUUUCUGCAUUUCUGCUUUGUUGCCAGUUAAAUUCAGAAACCAGUGUCACUCCUGCAACGAUGACUGGGAUCCGUCGAGCUGCUCCGAGCACCUCAUCUAUCCCCACUAACUUGCCAAGUGCAACAGCCACCCCAGGCAAAAAACAAUCUGGAGGCCAGAAUCCCAACAAGUUCAUAAAUGAACUACGCCACAUCCACAUGCCGUCAUGGGCUGUUGCUGCACUUUGUAUCGUGAGCUUGUGCGUGGUGCUGUCGUGUGCUGUAUGUGUGUGGAAAAAGUGCUUGAAAAAGGACAAGGACAAAGAAAAAGAAAAGGACAAGAAAAAGGAAAAAGAGAAGAGCAAGGGAGGUUUUGACACUGAAAUGGAUGGAGGUUACAAUGAGCCCCUGAAAGACCAACCUAACAAAGAAACAGAUCUGUCAGAUAAUGAACCCAAGGAGGAUGAGAAGCUGGGCAGACUACAUUUCACAUUAGAUUACAACUUCACAGAUAAUACGCUGGUGGUCGGCAUUCUGCAAGCUGCAGAGCUUCCUGCGAUGGAUGUGGGAGGCAGUUCUGACCCCUACGUUAAACUCUAUCUGCUACCGGACAAAAAGAAAAAGUUUGAAACCAAAGUUCAUAGGAAGACUCUGGAACCAAACUUCAAUGAGACUUUUACUUUUAAGGUAGCAUACACUGAGCUGGGCGGGAAGACACUGGUGAUGACUGUGUACGACUUUGAUCGUUUCUCAAAGCACGAUGCCAUCGGAGCUGUCAAGAUACCGAUGAGCAGUGUGGACUUCAGCCAGUCUAUGCAGGAGUGGAGGGAUCUGCAGAAGGCAGAGAAGGAGGAGAGCGAGCGACUUGGAGACAUAUGCUUGUCGCUGAGGUAUGUGCCUACCGCAGGGAAGCUGACGGUGGUGAUUCUGGAGGCCAAAAACCUGAAGAAAAUGGAUGUUGGUGGAUUAUCAGACCCUUACGUGAAGAUCCACUUAAUGCAGAAUGGGAAAAGACUCAAGAAGAAGAAAACAACGAUAAAGAAAAACACUUUGAACCCUUACUAUAAUGAAUCUUUCAGCUUUGAAGUACCAUGUGAACAAAUAGAGAAAGUGCAGGUAGCAGUGACUGUUCUGGACUAUGAUAAGAUUGGGAAGAAUGAUGCCAUCGGGAAGGUGCUGCUGGGUGGUAACAGCACUGGAACUGAGCAACGCCAUUGGUCAGACAUGCUGGCUAACCCUCGACGGCCAAUCGCCCAGUGGCAUAGCCUCAAGUCAGAGGAUGAAGUCAAUGCUCUAAUUUCCAACAAGAAGUAAAACGGUGACCCGCUGGCAAUGGAACCUAGCAUUUACCUCAGCUACUUCCAAUUUAUGUUCCUUCUUCUCCCCUAAUUCCCCUUAAAAAAAAAAAAAAAAACGUUAAGCUACUUAACUGAGUAAAUGUACCCAGUGAUACUCUGCUUCACCCUUGACACGAUCGAAGUCACUACUACAGACUGUAAGCUUUCUUCCCUCAGUAACUCCCUGCUCCUGCUUCUACUUUAGCUGUUAUUUUAAACAAAGAUGUAUCACUAUGUACAGUGCUAUUAAACCAAAUUACACUUUUUUUUAA